AUGGCAAAUCUGAGCCACCCUUCUGAAUUUGUCCUUUUGAGCUUCUCUUGUUUCGGUGACCUGCAGGUUCUGCUGUAUGGGCCCUUCCUCGUGCUUUAUCUUCUUGCCUUCAUGGGAAACACCAUCAUCAUAGUCUCUGUCAUAGCUGACACCCACCUAUGGACUCCCAUGUACUUCUUCCUGGGCAAUUUUUCCCUGCUGGAGAUCUUGGUGACCACAACUGCAGUGCCCAGGAUGCUCUCAGACCUGCUGGUCCCCCACAAGGUCAUUUCCUUCAGGAACUGCCUGGUCCAAUUCUACUUCUACUUUUCCCUGGGAUCCACCUCCUUCCUCAUCCUGUCAGACAUGGCCCUUGACCGCUUUCAAGGAUGGACCGGCUCCCGGCACUUUGUGGCCAUCUGCCACCCACUACGCUAUGGCACUUUGAUGAGCUGGUCUGUGUGUUUCCGGCUGGCAGGGGCUGCCUGGGCAGCUCCUUUCCUUGCCAUGGUGCCCACUGUCUUCUCCCGGGCUCAUCUCAAUUAUUGCCAUGGCAACGUCAUUAACCACUUCUUCUGUGACAAUGCACCUCUGCUGCAGCUAUCCUGCUCAGACACCAGCCUGCUGGAAUUCUGGGACUUUGUGAUGGCCUUGGCCUUUGUCCUCAGCUCCUUCCUGGUGACCCUCCUCUCCUAUGGCUACAUUGUGAACACUGUGCUGCGGGUCCCCUCUGCCAGUGGCCGCCAGAAGGCUUUCUCUACAUGUGGGUCCCACCUCACCCUGGUCUUCAUUGGCUACAGCAGCACCAUCUUCCUUUAUGUCAGGCCUGGCAAGGCACAUUCUGUGGAAGUCAAUAAGACUGUAGCCUUGGUGACGUCAGUCCUCACUCCCUUUCUGAACCCCAUUAUCCUCACCCUCCGCAAUGAGACAUUCAAGGCCAUGCUAUGCAGGCAGAUGCAGAGGCUGAAAGGCCUCCACAUGGCACUACAAUGA